AUGGAUGGAAUAGUGCCCAGUGUUAUCAUUAUUGCAAGGUAUACAUUUCCCCGGCUGGUAUAUCAUUUUCUGACCGACAUCAUCCGCAGACAUGGAGCCAGGCUUGACGCUGCCGACAAAUCAUGGCACCUCUCCUCUCCCACACCAUACGACCCCCCUCUAACCUACGGCGGUUGGAUGCAAGCUCGAUCACUCGGCCUCCGAAUCGCACAUCUCUUGAACGCACGAUUGGAUGAGCUAGAAUCGAAGGAGCGAGAGGAGGCACAACAGGACCCGUUCCGAACGAAGGAUGGAGCUAGCACCAGCAAUGGAGAUGGACGGCCUGCCGACAACACUGGGCGGAAGAGGAAGAGAAAGCAGAAGAUCAUAAUGCAUAGCUCACCAUUCUUACGCUGCGUCCAGACGUCGGUGGCGCUAAGUGGUGGAAUCGCAAGCUACAAGAAACCUAAGGAACAUGAAUCUAGGGGACGAGCGCUCUCGGACGCAAAGCUUGGAAGGUCAUCUCCCACGAGGUCACCCUCUCCACUGUCCCGGGAGCCCGACAGCCUUCGGAAGACAACGCUUCGAAUCGACGCGUUUCUUGGAGAAUGGUUAUCGCCAGAAUACUUCGAAGACAUCACCCCUCCACCAAAUUCGACCUUCAUGGUCGCGAACGCGAAAGCAGAGUUACUCCGUCGUGCUGAUAGAAUUGAUGCCUUGCAGCCUCAAAACGCCACCAACGGUCCAGGUAACUUCCCAGGCGGAUGGGGGAAGAAGGUGAAGGCCGAGUCUCCUUCGAGAUCGAGUGGGGCUACAGUUUCUGCGGAGGACCGAGGGCCGUUGUCACAUCUCGAGGACCUUGAGCAGGCGUUGCCACGUCGAGAUCGGGCGGGGACCCAAGCUUCCGAGUCGAAGGCUGCCACCAUCUCCGCGGGUGGAACCGAUGCGGGAUUAUAUGUGCCACCUGUUCCUUCCUAUGCCAUUGCUCAUAUCGACCCGAUUCCUGCUGGCUAUCCCGCUCACACGCGCGAUGCAUGUGUGAUUGUGGACUAUCAAUGGGACAGCAUGCGAGAGCCACAAGAAUGGGGCGGUGGCGGCGAAAACGGCGAAGAAUGGAGCGCCAUGCACCGCAGAUUCCGAAAAGGGUUGAGUAAUAUGGUUAAUUGGUACAAAUCCUACGGAACGGAAACGCCGAACCUAAGUCCAACGUCCAAAAAGCCGGUUCCUGUCCGACCCCAGCAACCAGAAGAGGAAGAAGAAGCAGCAGAAGAGGAAGAGGAGGAAGAGCUCAUUCUCAUCCUCGUCACUCACGGUGCGGGUUGCAAUGCCCUUAUCGGCGCUCUCACAAAUCAACCAGUCCUCAUCGACGUUGGCACGGCUAGCCUAACAUGGGCA